ACACCUUUCCAGCUCAGUCUCCACUACCGUGGAAAAUUUGUACAUCCGGACAAGAGAUUAUAACGAGUGAUGCAACGCAAUGUCUCGAAGUGCUGAGUGAGGCGACACUCAUACGCGCUUUGGGCACUGACCACAUUUACUACAUAAACUAAAGUGCUGAAUGAUGUGACACAAUGGCUUUCGCGUUACCUGUGAACUGCUUUCCUUGAAGCUGCCUCCACGGUACUACUUUGACUGUUAAAUCUUUCUAAACACGCUUUAAAUUCCUCUUCUCUGUAUUUAAUACCCUGCACUCUUUAACUGUAUUUUCAAGGGUUUUCUCCAAAUCUGCUCUAUUCUCAUCUUAGCUAUCUUUUGCAGUUUCUUUCAUUCUUUCAACAUGUCUUCCCUUCCAUCCUCAUCUUCGUCCUCUGAUACGCCUGCCGAACUUAUCAAUAAGAUUCUGAACACAGAGGCGAAUAAGCCAGAUUUCGAUCUCACCGUAUUUGUCGCGCAAAUUGAUCUUCUUCUUCUUCAUUACGAAGCUCAGCUGGGAAAGAAGAAUCCCAUCCGAGAGCAGUUGGGUGAUCUCCCCUCUGAGGCUUCUAAUUUUGUAGAUCAGAUGUCAACAAAUGUGACGCGCAUUGCCAAUGAGGAUGGAGUAAUCAAGAGCAUUGACGAAACAGUACAGCUCAUGCACAAUAAUGUAAAAAUUGGCUGUCAGGUAUAAUUAUGUCGAGAGGCAUCUACAAUGACAUCAAAAUGUUAGUAAACAAAAAUUCAAUUUUGAAACAAUUUGACAUGCAAAUGAUGGGUAAAUGCAUGAAAUAUGUCAUCUUUUGGUUUUUGUGGAGGUGUUCCAAAUAAAAUAGAACCUUGACCACUUGUCUCCAACUAUAUGAAACAGUUACAAUCAAAUGAUAGUGGAAAAGUAUCAUAAUAUUUAAAAGGGAACAAUGACAUUCUAAAUUCCAGUUCAUGUUAUUGUCUUAGAUAAUGCUGGUACAUACUUGAGCAAUUCUAUUAUUAUCCAUAUUUUUGAAACUCUAAGGGGGAGUUGGAAUAUUAAUGACCUUUAAAAUUUGUCUUUUGACAAAACAGUAAUGAUGUAAAAAUUUGUGUAUUUUUUUGAGAAAUUUUGAGAUCAAUAAGAAUAAAAGAAAAUAAAUUUUAACAGUUAAGAGUAUUAAUGACCUUUAAAAUUCGUCUU